CUACUUUGAACGUGGUAUGUAAACGGAAGACGAAACUUCCGCUAGUUCCGCCAACUACGCCAUUGCCUCUGGAUUGCAGGAAUAAUACAAAUCACCGCUGUUCUGGUCCAGAAGGCCAAAUAGCGACAGAAUCAUGUUGCGCCUGCCUAAUGUUGGCCGAGCCCUAGCAGGAGCCACCAAGGGCAGCCUGGCUCCAUCUAACACCGUGCAUAUGUCUGUGCGUGCUGCAAGCAACAUGGUGGAAGUGUUUGUGGAUGGAAAACCAGUGGAGGUGGAGGCUGGCACUACUGUCCUACAGGCGUGUGAGAAAGUAGGAAUCCAGAUCCCAAGGUUUUGCUAUCACGAGCGCCUCUCUGUGGCUGGAAACUGCCGCAUGUGUCUUGUGGAGAUCGAGAAAGCCCCAAAGCCUGUGGCAGCAUGCGCCAUGCCUGUCAUGAAGGGCUGGAACAUCCUCACAAAUUCAGAAAAGACUCGCAAAGCAAGAGAGGGAGUGAUGGAGUUCCUGUUGGCCAACCACCCACUGGACUGCCCCAUUUGUGAUCAGGGAGGAGAAUGUGACUUGCAGGAUCAGUCCAUGCAGUUCGGUUCGGACCGCAGUCGUUUCACAGAGGGCAAGCGAGCAGUGGAAGACAAGAAUAUUGGGCCACUCAUCAAAACCAUCAUGACUCGUUGCAUUCAGUGCACACGCUGUGUUCGUUUUGCCAGUGAAAUUGCUGGAGUUGAAGACCUGGGCACGACAGGAAGAGGAAACAACCUUCAGAUCGGGACUUACGUGGAGAAGAUGUUCAUGUCUGAGCUGUCGGGGAAUGUCAUUGACAUCUGCCCGGUCGGCGCACUCACCUCCAAGCCAUACGCCUUCACUGCACGACCGUGGGAGACCAGGAAAACGGAGUCAAUUGACGUGCUGGACGCCGUGGGAAGUAACAUCUUGGUGAGCACGAGAGGCGGCGAGGUGAUGAGGGUCCUGCCCAGGCUGAAUGAAGAAAUCAAUGAAGAAUGGAUCUCGGACAAAACUAGGUUUGCUUAUGACGGCCUGAAGAGGCAGCGAUUGACUCAGCCAAUGGUGAAGGAUGAGUCAGGUCAGCUAACUCCGGCCACCUGGGAGGAUGCUCUGACUCGUGUUGCAGGAGCUCUGCAAGGUGUACAGGGCAGCGAAGUGGCCGCCAUUGCAGGAGGAUUGGCCGAUGCAGAAACUCUCAUCUCCCUUAAAGAUCUUCUCAACAGGCUCAACUCGGACAGCCUCUGCACCGAGGAGGUCUUCCCUAUGGCUGGAGCCGGCACUGAUCUGCGCUCCAACUACCUGUUGAACACGCGCAUCGCCGGCAUUGAGGACUCUGACCUGCUGCUGCUGGUCGGGACCAACCCACGCUAUGAAGCCCCGCUGUUCAACGCCAGAAUCCGCAAGAGCUGGCUCCACAAUGAGCUGCAGGUUGCCCUGGUGGGUCACAAUGUGGACCUGAGUUACACAUAUGACCAUCUUGGAGAGGAGACAUCUGUACUGAAAGAUCUGGCAAAUGGAACACAUCCCUUCUGCCAGGUCCUUGCAGCUGCGCAGCGUCCAGUGGUCAUAGUGGGCAGCAGCGCUCUACAGAGAGAAGACGGCGCUGCCAUUUUGAGUGCCGUUUCCACCAUCGCUCAGAAUGCCAGAACUAGCAGUGGAGUGGAGGAAGGUUGGAAAGUUCUCAAUGUCCUGCACAGAGUGGCCAGUCAGGUGGCGGCUCUGGACUUGGGCUACAAGGCCGGCGUGGACGCCAUCAGGACGAACCCACCCAAAGUCUUGUUCUUGCUGGGAGCCGAUAGUGGGUGCAUCACCCGAGCCGACCUUCCUAAAGACAGUCUCGUCAUCUACCAGGGUCACCAUGGUGAUGUCGGUGCAACAAUGGCGGACAUCAUCCUCCCUGGCGCAGCGUACACUGAAAAGAACGCUACUUACGUCAACACAGAGGGGAGGAGCCAGCAGACCCGAGUGGCUGUCACAGCACCCGGAAUGGCCCGGGAGGACUGGAAAGUCAUCCGAGCUAUAUCAGAGCUGGCAGGCAUAACGCUGCCCUAUGACUCCAUGGAUGAGGUUCGAUCCCGGCUGGCUGAGGUGUCUCCCAACCUGGUGCGCUAUGACGACGUGGAGGAGGCAAACUAUUUUAAGCAGGCAAACGAGCUCGCUCAGGGGUUAAAGCAAGACCUCAUCGCGGCUCCUCUCAUACCACCUCAGCUUUCGGUAAAAGACUUCUACAUGACAGAUUCAAUCAGCAGAGCCUCGCAAACGAUGGCCAAGUGUGUGAAAGCCUCCACAGAGGGAGCUGCUGCUGUGGACGAGCCCUCCAUUUGUUAAACGCCAACACUAGUCCAUAAACUCUUAAGUGUACUGGAAAGAUCCACACUUCUUUAAACUCAGUGUUGCGCCUUUUUAAUUUAAACGUGUCCUUGUUGUAGCCACUUUCAUGGUUUUCACUCCUGGUAAUAAGCUCUGUUGGAGGAAACAUUAGCUUUGAAAAUGAAUAAAAUAUUAUCUGAACUGUA